UGGGGAUCAGGGGGUGACGCUGAAUGUCCCGUCGGUGCGCUUCUGCGCCCGUCAGUGGUUCGCUGCCUGGUGACUGGCUCCCAGAGUUUCCGCCGGGAAGGAUAUCGAUGGAUAUUAUAAAGGGAAACUUAGAUGGAAUUUCAAAACCAGCCUCAAGUUCAAGAAUGCGUCCUGGGAGCAGAGGUUCAAAUGCUUCUUUGGAGGUGCUCUCACCGGAACCAGCAUCCUUCAAGGUUGAUACUGCAAGCAAGUUGGACUCUGGAGUAAAGGGCCACUCUGAUAGCAGUAAUGCAGAGGGAAAUAGAAACAGUAAUGAUGAUAAAGGGGAAAACGACUCUGAGACACCAAAAUUGGCUGAAGAAGGGUCAGAUGAAGAUCUGAACUUGGUUCAACAUCAGAUAAUCCCUGGAUCUUCAGAUGAACCUGAAUUAAAAGAAUUAGAUUCUCAACUUCAAGAUGCUAUUCAGAAGAUGAAGAGACUUGAUAAAAUAUUGGUGAAGAAACAAUACAGAGAAAAAGAAGUGAAGGAGCAAGGUCUAGCCUUGAGACUAAAGCUGUGGGAAGAACUUAAGUCUGCAAAAACUAGUGAAGCUUUGCAAAAUAAUGAGGAGAUGGAAAAUACAAAAAAGUUUCUAGCUUUGACUGCUACAUCAGAAGAAACUGUUGAUCCUUCUUGCUGUGAGCAUGAAGACACCUUUUUCUCAGUGUUUCACACUCAAGUCCCUCCAGAAGAAUAUGAAAACCAUAAACAGAAUGUCAGUCAAGAUUUUACCUAUGAUGUGGAAGGAAAUGAGUCAUUGAUCAAAGCAGAAAAACCUUUCUCAAAUACAGAAAAGAUUAAGCUCAGGGGUAAACACAGCCAGGAUUUUAUUAAACGAAACAUUGAGUUGGCUAAGGAUUCGGGAAAGCCAGUGCUUAUGACUGACAGAGAGAAGAAAAGGCUGACUGAACUUUUGAAUGACUUAGACGACAGAGGUUCGGGGCUGUGCAGUCCUGAGGGCCAUCAGUCUGGGCUCCUCCCAGGAGAAGGAUACACACUUGCCGUCACCCAGCACCAGCAGCUUGCCGAAAUUGACACAAAGCUCCAGGAACUUUCUGCAGCCUCACCAACUUCUGACUUUUCUCCAAGACAUGAAAACCACAGUGAGCAGGAGCCUGACCUUAAUGAUGAUAAUAAAAAUAUGGAAAUAACUCCCGGAGAAAAGGUACUUCGGGAAACCAAAGAACAACGGGAUCAGCAAAACCGGCUGAGAGAGAUAGAUGAUAAACUGAGAAAGAUGAAGGACAAUGUGUUAGAUUCAACAUCACUUCUCUCUGAGGAACAGUUAAGGUGUCUUCUGGACGAAUGCAUGCUCAGACAAAAAUCCAUGAUUAGACUUUCUUCAGAAAGAGAAAAGGAGGACAUUGAGGAUUCAACACCUGAGUCCCUCCGUCUUUCCAGAUCUGUCCUCUCUGAGCUGCUAGAUGGGUCAGAAACAAAAGUCAUAAGCACAGAGGCAAAAGAGGCAAAUAUGCCUGAGAAUGCAGACAGUGAGACAUGCACAGGUUACUAUCUCACCAAAGCCCUGCCUGGGCAUUGCAUGUCCCAAGCGCUUGUCAUCGAAGCAGAGAAUUUGAAGUGCCUCCAGUUUCCCAAGGACAAGGUUAUUAGUGACACAAAGGACUAUUUUAUGUCGAAGACUAUUGGCAUCGGGCGACUGAAAAGGCCCUCUUUCUUGGAUGAUCCACUGUAUGGCAUCAAUGUGAGCCUUUCAUCUGAAGACCAAUGUCUGGAACCCAGCCCUCCAGAGAAACCAAAAACAGAUGAAGAGGAGACUGGAGAUGUGACAGAGGAAGGGAAAGAAUCUUGAGCAAAGACUUGCUGGAUGUGCUUUGAAGGAAGUUGGUAAAUUAAAUUACAUUGUUUUCUGAA